CACAUGGUGGGUCACAACUGUCUGUGACUAAUCCCAGGGGAUUUGACACCUUCUUCUGGCCUUGGCACCAGGCAUGCCCAGGAAGCACAGACAUUCAUGUAGACACAGCACCCAGACAUAAAAUUAGGAAAGAAAAAAAGAUUGAAUGCCAAAAUAGUGUUGUGUCAUAUAUGUUGGGUUAAGUUUAAGUUUGCUUGUUUCUUUUUAUUUUCAUUUCACUUGACUAACAGAAUGUUUUUUCUUUUAGCAGCAUGCCUAGAGGUUUGUUGAAAUUCAGACUAAGCAUUACUUUCAUUUGAAGAUAAAUUAUCUGUUUGUUCAAUUUCCAAACUUGGUAAAUUUCAGAAUUUCCCUUGUAAUGGUACUUCCUGACAACUUCCAGGGUGUUCUGUUUCAGAGAUAACUUCCUGGACAGUCACUUCUAGGGCUUUCAUUGCAGGUAACUUCCCUUUUCUCUAAAAACACUCUCAGAACUUUGAGUUGUAAAGACACAUUUGGCUUUUUCCAGGCAUGUGUGAUGUGUGUUUGUUUUCCCUUUGUAAUUAGAAAUAUAUGGUGUAAUACUUCUAUGUUGGGGAUAGUCUGUCCUCAAUCAUUUUUCUUAAUGGUUUUCUGAUCCUUUGAAGAUCUUUUUUCUUGAUAAGUAAUCCUCAGGCUGGGAGACUUUCUGUUCCUGCUUUUGGGUAUAUUAUGGAAUUGUCUCAUCUUUCAGGAUUGGAUCACUGAUCUGAUGAUGAAGCCACAUUGCUGCCUAGUAGGGUAGAAAACUGCAGCCUCUACGACAGGAGACAUGGUGCUUAGCCAGCCACUUAACUAGGUAAAUACUUAGUAAAGGCAUCUUUUAAAGCAAAGGAUUUUCCCAUCAAAGAUAAGCCUCUUGUUUUAAAUUUUGUUUUUACAUUGCAUCUCCAUCAGUCUCCCUUCAGAUUACAAAAAGGUACAGGCCCUUAAUUAGACACGUGUUCACCUUUAAAAAGAUACAAUGUCUGUCUCUCAGACUUUAUGACCUCAGGUUCCAGAAUAUCAAGGCAACAUUCUUUUAAAGGCAUGCUUCACUUUGGUUUGAACCCAAAUUCAGAACCAGUCUCCUUGUUGUUCAAGGGAAAGGAUAACCAGACAAGAAGACACUUAGUCAUGAUCUGGCCUGGGCAUUACUUCUCCAGGUGCCCCGAGGAUGUUUCCUUGUUCGGUACACACAUGCCACUCUUUUCACUCAUGUCAUCUGGAGAUGAGCAUUUACUCUCGAACUUGAGGAGCCAAGUACCAGCUCGUGCUGUGGUGAAGCAGCCUAUCCGAGGAGCCAGUGGCAGGACCACAGUCACAGCCAUUGUUCAGACUGGUGGGGACUGGAGCACCGGCCUCUUCAGCGUCUGCAGAGAUAGGAAAAUCUGUUUCUGUGGUCUCUUUUGUCCCAUAUGUCUGGAGUGUGACAUUGCCAGGCAUUAUGGAGAGUGUCUUUGUUGGCCACUGUUACCAGGGUCUACCUUUGCAUUGAGAAUUGGCACCAGAGAGAGACAUAAGAUACAGGGGACACUCUGUGAAGACUGGAUGGUGGUGCAUUGCUGCUGGCCUUUCUCUGUCUGUCAGGUGGCCCGAGAACUCAAGAUAAGAACCUCCCAACUCUACGAAAUCUGUGCAGUCCAAGCACCCAAGGAUACCCUGGUUUGAUAGCACUCCUCCUGCCUUCACUCUUCUAUACCUUCCUCUUAUACCUGUCUUAGACGGUUUUUUAUUCCUAUAGGUUUUCACUGGAAUAGGAGAAUAAAUGAUUUGCUCAUUACUGUC